CCUGCGCGUCAGCUCCAGUUUUUGUCGAGUAUGGACGCAAAAGUAGACGCGGUGAAACCGGAUGUUCUGACCGUGGAGCAGCAGGAGACGCUGCGUCAGUUCAAGAUCAAGACACGGAUCGACAACGAGAAGUAUUUGAGUUCUCACCCGGAAGUGGAGAUGUUAGUUGGGGAUUUUCUGAGUGAAGUGCUUCUGCACCAACCUGAUGACGUCAGACAGUUUGCUGCAGACCACUUCAGCAAGCCAGACCUUCAUCUGGUUAUUGGAUCUAAACUGCGGCGAACACUGAGCGAAACAACUGCUUCCAAAACUGAAAGUCAUUGUACCAGAACUAUCAAUUAGGAAUUAAAAUAAAAACUUCAAAAC